AUGGCUACGAACGGUGACUCGCGGCCCGCGCCGGGCGACCGCACCGUCAUUGGUAUCACCUUUGGCAACUCCAACAGCUCCAUCGCAUACACCAAGGAUGACAAGGCCGAGGUUAUGGCCAACGAGGACGGAGACCGUCAAAUUCCCACCAUCCUCUCCUACGUUGAUGGAGACGAGUACUACGGACAGCAGGCCAAGGCCUUCCUCAUCAGAAACCCCACCAACACGAUCGCAUACUUCAAGGACUUUCUCGGACAGGACUUCAAGUCCAUCGACCCCACCCACAACCACGCCUCUGCCCACCCCCAGGACGUGAACGGCACCGUCUCUUUCUCAGUGAAGGACAAGGAGGACGCCGAGGAGCCCUCCACCGUCUCCGUCCACGAGACCGCCGUGCGCUACAUCCGCCGCCUCGUCGGCUCCGCCAGCGACUACCUAGGCCAGAAGGUCACCUCGGCCGUCAUCACCGUCCCCACCAACUUCACCGAGAAGCAGAGGGAGGCUCUCGUCGCCGCCGCCAAGGAGGCCGGCCUCGAGGUCCUCCAGGUCAUCUCUGACCCCAUCGCCGCCGUCCUUGCCUAUGACGCCCGCCCCGAGGCCGUCAUCGAGGACAAGAUUGUCGUCGUCGCCGACCUUGGCGGCACCCGCUCCGACGUGGCCGUCGUCGCCUCCCGCGGCGGCAUGUACACCGUCCUCGCCACCGCUCACGACUACGAGUUCUCCGGCUCCCACCUCGACCAGGUCCUCAUCGACUACUUCGCCAAGGAGUUCAUCAAGAAGCACACCACCGACCCCCGCGAGAACGCCCGCUCCCUCGCCAAGCUCAAGGCCGAGUCCGAGUCCACCAAGCGCGCCCUCUCCCUCAGCAACAACGCCAGCUUCAGCGUCGAGUCCCUCGCCGACGGCGUCGACUUCCAGUCCACCAUCAACCGGUUACGCUACGAGAUGGUCGCCCGCAAGGUCUUUGACGGCUUCAACCGCCUCGUCGAGGGAGUCGUCAAGAAGGCCGAGCUCGACGUCCUCGACAUUGACGAGGUCAUCGUCGCCGGCGGCACCGCCCACACCCCGCGCAUCGCCUCCAACUUCUCCCAGCUCUUCCCCGAAUCCACCAAGGUCAUCGCCCCCUCCACCGUCGCCAACGCCAUCAACCCCUCCGAGCUCCUCGCCCGCGGCGCCGCCCUCCAGGCCUCCCUGAUCCAGGAGUACGACGCUGAGGACAUUGACCAGAGCACCCACGCCGCCGUCACCACCGUCAAGCACAUCGCCAACGCCAUCGGCGUCGUCGGCGCAAACGACGAGUUCGUCCCCGUCGUCCCCGCCGAGACCGCCGUCCCCGCCCGCCGCACCGUCAAGAUCGCCGCCCCCAAGGACGGAGGCGACGUCCUCGUCCGCAUCGUCGAGGGCGGCGCCCACAUCAAGGUCACCAAGCCCGAGCCCAAGGCCGCCAAGCCCGAGGCCGACGACGAGGAUGAUUCUGACUUCUCCGACGAGGAGGAGGAGGACAUCCGCGAAAAGGUCUGGAAGGUCGGUCCCACCCUCGCCGAGGCCGCCGUCCGCGGCGUCAGCAAGGGCGCCAAGGUCGAGGUCACCAUCAACGUCGCCGCCGACUUGGGCGUCACGAUCACGGCGAGAGAGGUUGGCGGCAAGGGCGGUGUCCGCGGCACCAUCAGCGCUCCUUGA